AUGUGCACUGCCGGCGGCCUGCAACUUUGGCUCAAGUGUGCUGCUCCCUGCAGCGAGGUGGGAGCAGCUGGUGUAGGACCGUUUUUUGCAUCCUGGGAAGGGAAAGCUUUCUGCCCUGGAAACAGGGUGGAAAGCAUGGCCGCCAAGGGGCGAGGAGGGGCCAGGCACACCCCGAAGCCUUUCACAGACGAAGGUGUGCUGUUGAAAGUGCUGGGGGACCACAAGGACCUCAUCAAGGACCUGGGACCCUACGAGCUAAUCAGUCGGUCUGGUGCAGUGGACCCAAAGGGUCUGGUUCGCAACCUGGCCCUGCUGAAGCUCAUGAGAGAUGACCCGACCGUGAACACUUCUUCUUUCAACGGGUCGGUGUGGAGCAACCUGAAAGGGGAGCGACUCGGCUGCUUGCUGAACCACACACGAAAAUGGGCGAGGGCAGAGGUUGAGGGAAAGAGCAAUGCAGCCAGCAAGCUCACGGCUUUCGAAUAUCGGAAGCUGAAAGAGCUUCUGGACCUGUUCCAGGACAAGGAGGUCCCCGAAACGGGACCCAGGCUGGCCUUGGAAGACAGGAAGCCGCCUUCGAAAGAAGGCAGGCAGCUGCGGCCCAAGCCUUCCCUGGACUCGGACGGUUUCCCGAAAAUGUUUGGGGAAAGCCAGGCAAGCAGUCCCGAGAGUGCAGACGAAGCUUUGCCAAAGGGACGAGCUCCCUGCUCGGUGUCUUUCUUGAAGAGAAGAGCUGGGCAGAGCUUAAUGGUAGGCCAAGAGGAGCCAGAAGAGGAGGCUGCUGAUGCCUUGAAAGAGGCAAUGGGCCUUGGUGGGACGGGUGCUGCUGCUGGAGGCAGCAAGCCUGCAAAAGGCAAAGGCAGGGGCAGAGGAAGGGGACGAGGAAGGGGCAAAGGCAAGGCAAAGAAAGGUCGGGGAAAGGGCCAAGAGCCGAAAGAGCAGCCCUUGAAAAAGCCGGCUGCCUCUCAGCCCAUUCCCGGCCACGUGGGCGGCUGGAAAGCAGUCAGGAAGACCAAGGCCAGCAAGCCGGCCCGGUGCUACCUGACUGGUACCUUGGGGCCGGCUGGCAAGCGACUCCUGAUCACGGAGGUGCCGGAAAGAUGGACAAGCCAGUACGAGAAGGUCAUCGACAUCAUCAAGAAAGCCUUAGAAAAGGAUCCGAAAAUGACGAAGGACCAGGCCCAGGCAAUGAGGAAGGCAGACCGCCUUGCAAGGUUCGGCCCAGGGUCGGACCAAGGAGGUCUGCAGUACUCUCAAGCAGCUGCAGCUGAAAGGGAGGAGGCUGCAGCUGAAAGGGAGGAGGAGAAGCUCGACCCUAGAAAUAGGGUCGGGCAGUGGUGGACCCCUGAGCAGUGGAACCAGUGGGAAGAAGACUGGCGGGUCUGGCACCAGCACCGCGACUCUCGAAACAGAGUCGAGGAGGCCAAGUGGUGGGAAAAAGACCACGACGACGGCGAGGACUCCAGGUGGUGGUCGGGUGACAAGCCGCAGGAGCCAGCAAGCUACAGUAGCGGUGCUGGCUGGGCAGAGCCUUGGACCAGAGAGUGGGGGUCAAGCUGGGGAAAGGAGCCCUACUCGAAACAGUGGGGCUCUCAAGAGCCUUACAAGGCAAGCCCUAGAAACAGGGCUGAGGAGACUGAGGACGAGCUGAUGGAAGCGAGGCCCGAGCCGGUAGUUUUGAGGGAAGCCCGGCGAGGAAGGCGGCACCGAGCCACCAGCACUUCCUCCGAGGCCAGCCGCUCCCGCACACCACCACGGCUGGACCCGGUGCCACCUGAAGGCAUCGAGAUAGUGGGUGCGAAGAGCUCGAACUCUAGCGAGCAGCCCUCGAAAGAGGAGCAGCAGCCGAAGCCCUUGAAAAAGGGGAAGCAGCAGCAGCCCAAGGGAUCUGUCGGCAAGGCAGUUCAGGGCAAGGGCAAGGCUGUUGCUGCCGAAGGUGUGCCAGCAGCCAAGGAGCCGGAGCCGGACACAGCUCCCGGCCCUAGAAAUAGGGCUGAUGAGGUGCUCCAGGCGGCCAAGCUGUGCUUGGACUGGCACCAAGUCCUGCAGCUGGGGAAGGAGAACGAGAUCCGGCCGAUGUGGAGUGCUUCCGUGCGAGCACUCAAGCAAGCGGGCUGGGAAGUCUUUAUAAUCUCCUUCGUCACUCCGACUCACAACGAGGCGAGAGUGCAGGAGAUGUACAGGAUGCUGGAGGCAGCCAAUAUCCGGGACCAGGUGACUGGGGUUUGGACCUGCCCUGAAAGGGGCGGGCCAAACGGGAAAGUCGCCCUGGCAACCAGUCUUGGCUGCUCUUUGAUCCUGGACGACAAUCCAGUGAUCCUGCAGGAAGCCCUUGAAAAAGGGUUGAAGGUGUUCGCGAUCACCACGAAAAGAGAGCGGCACCAGGACCUGGCCAAGAAGCCCGGUGUGCGAGUGUUCCGAGACCUCUGUGUGGCCACGGAAGCAAUUCUGUGUCAGAUGAUAGACUGCAGAGUGGGUUUGUCCGAAGACCCCAGAGUGGGGAAAAAAGGAAGCUUCCCGACGAGCAAGCUUCAGAAAGUGAAGGCCAAGGCCAAGUGUGUGGCCAAGGCCAAAGCGAAGGCCAAAGCGACGGCCAAAGCGAAGUCUUUUGCUUCAAGGGCCCUGAAAGGGGCUCUUGCGAAGGCCAAGGCGAAGGGCCCCCUGAAAGGGGUGCUCAAGCCGACGAAGCACAACUUGAAGAAGCUGGGAAAGGAGAAAACUUUGGCAGAGAAGGUUCAGGACCUUGCAAAAGGAGCCGACACCGCAGAGGAGGCGGUGUCGAAGGUCCAGCAGGGCCUCAGCAAGCUGGACAAGAGCAAGUUGUGGAGCCAGCACAACACCCACUUGAACAGGAACCCCGAGGCCAAAGAGAAGCAGGACAAGCUGGGGAAGAAAGACAAAGGUGCUGCUGCGACACUGUGGUUCCUUCGAGACAAGGUGCCACAGUUCGCCAACUUCUCAGAAAACAGGGAGGAGGCGACGACCUUGAGAAAGGUUGACAGGUGGUUGUCGGAGAAAGAAGCCCUGAGCAAGUGGACAGAGGCCGAGCUUGAAGCCCACUGCCAGUCGGGCAGAGUGCAGUACCGGGAAUGCCCAACCACGUGGGGGGUGUGGGAAUACCGUGACAACCACCACUUCGUCAAGGAGACCUCUGGAAGGAGGUCUCGGAACUGGUCCCGUGGCCAAGAGUUCCACCUCGAAGACGACGACGAGCAGGAAGAAGGCCUGGAGGACUUUUUCGCCUUGGACGUGGAGAAGCUUUUGGGCCUCACAGAGGGCAAAGGGAAAGGCAAGGCUCUGGCCUUGACAAAGGGUGGAAAAGCCAAAGGAAAAGGCGGCAGGAAAGGCAAAGGCCAGCAGCAGGAGGAAGGGCAGCUCGCCCUGCAGGACGGCUCGACAGCGGAGGAGAAGGACGACGACGUGCAAGCUUACUUGGGCAAGGCCAAGAAGGCAAGGGACCUGCUGUCGUGCACAUACAACAACCUCGAAGAGGCCUUGGCAAAGGCCAAGGCUUCGUCCUACUGCAGUGCCGCCUCGCAGAAGGAUGCCAAAAAAGCUUUGGCAGACCUGGACGGGCUGCUGCAGAAGACGAAGGGGGUGGUGUCCUCGAAGAGAGCCUGCAAGAAGGAGGUGGUGGUGAGCCUCCUUCAGCAGGCGGCGGCCACGGUGAACCAGGCGAAAGACCUGGGGAAGGAACUCCUGGCGAUGGCUGCCAAAACACCCAGCAAGUCCUCGAAGCUGAAGUAA